AUGACUGAAGAUUGUUGCAAUAGGGUUUCAUCAUCGGAAUCCGAUCCAUCAACGGCCAAGCAAAGUAGAAAAAAGAGGAAGUGGGAUCAGCCGGAUGAAGCUGUGGUUUCUGCUGGUGUAGCUGUUCCAGGGGUCUUUCCACUGGCAAGUGUGGGAUCCUUGGCCAGAGUAACUUUGCCUGUUGGUCCCUCUGCAAUAGGUGCUUCUCUUGCAAUCCCGUUAUCCGACACCAGUGCUACCUCCCUUCAAGCGUUUCAGGUGCCUUUACCGCAACAUGCUGCUGCAAUUGUCCAAAAGCUAAUUCAACCGAAGAUCCAAGAUGAGUUGAUAGCACGAGAAAUUGUCAUAAAUGAUGCUGAUUCUGCUAUCCGUUAUAAGCUCACAAAGCGUCAAACCCAGGAAGAGAUACAGAAGAGCACUAGUGCUUUGGUAAUAACCCGAGGGAAAUACCGGCCUCCAAAUGCCCCACCUGAUGCUGAGAGACCUCUAUAUCUUCAUAUCUCUGCAGCUGCACAUUUGGAAACAACUGCAGAACGAAUCAAAGCAGUUGAUCGUGCAGCUGCUAUGGUUGAGGAAAUGUUGAAAACUGCAACUGUCAGCAGUGGAGUUAAGGUGGAUCACUCGUUGAGUACCUGUGUCUUCUUGGGAUUUCAGCCAGAUCCAUCAUUGGACAUCAUCUCUCGCAUCCGUGGCCCAAAUGACCAGUAUGUAAACCACAUUAUGAAUGAAACAGGAGCAACUGUCUUGAUAAGGGGACGAGGUUCUGGGUUUCCAGAGAAUGGGCAGACUGAAGAAACACAACCACUGCACCUGUUGUUAUCAAGCAACAAUGCAAAGAGCCUUGAGCAUGCAAAGCUAUUGGCAGAAAACCUUUUGGACACAAUUUGUGGCGAGUGUGGUGCAUCAAGGAUAUCAUCGUGUAAAGUGUAUGGUGCUGUUCCACCUCCGCCUCAAUUGCAAGCUGGGAUCCAGAUACCAGCCAAUGCACCAAAAGCGAAUGAUGUAGCUGCUAUAAAUUCAACUUCUUUGGGUGGUGUGAAUAGCAUUCCCUCUCGGGCCCAGCUAUCUCAAUCUCUUGGAAUGUCAAACCCGAUACUGCGUCAGGAAAAAGCUGCUUACUAUCCUCAAGGGUUGACGAGUGUAACAAGCUAUAAUGGUUAUGGUGGAAUAUAUCCUCAGGCCACACCUUUGCAACAAGUUGCGUUAGCCCUUAGGCAGUCGGCUUCUCCAGUAACUGCUACAGUUGCUCCAACUACCAUUGCGGUAAGCAAAGAUCCACAAAUGAAAGUGCCCUCUCAUUCAAGAGAUAAGCGUUCCCAGAAGCGGAAGUUUCAAGAAUUACCUGCGGCUGCAAAAGGGCCAGAAAUUCUGAAUCAGAAUAACUUUGGUGCCUGUUUUGAGGUGGGCAGCAGUUUACCGUGCUCGGUCCAUGAGGCCUUGUAG